CGAAAUUUAUUUACCAUAGACUACGAUUCGGGCUGGCAGUAUUUGUGGAUCUCAUCCGUUUCUGUAUUUUGGCUGGAAUUUCACAUGUAAGGAUGUCUUGCUGUCACAGCUGCUAAGCGUGUUUUCGUGUUGUUGUUCGGCCAUCUUGGCUAAUUCAAAUGAUACCUUUCAUGUAAAUUGUGCUUGUUGACGAUCAAGGUCAGCGAACUGUGGCUCUCUUAGAGAGAAUGUUGCUGCUUCUUUGGUACCAUGACUGGGAUCUAUGAACUGUUUGACAGCUAAAUAAGGAUUUAACUCUACGUCCACGCCAUGAGCGAAAUUGCAGAAAACGGGUAAGGACUAACCUAGGUUUGUUGGUUCACAAAUCCAAAUUACUUAAGCUCAUAUAACCGGAAUGGUCAACAAACUUUAUUCGAGCCUUUUCUAAGUCCUAGAUCAAAUCUCAUGACCCGAACAGAAUUGAUGAAAUGAAGUUCAUAAGUUUGAACCUUUGACUCAUUUCGUCAGACUGUAACAACAUUUUGACAAUGUAUCUAAUAACCAACACGUCCCACUCGAUUCGCAUUUGUCCACUUUAAUCAGGAAACAGCAGAACGUAUCCUUCGAUCCAAAUCUUUUGUCUUUAAUAGUAAUGAAACUUAAUAACUUGGAUCCUAAGACCUAUAAUUGAUCAAGGUUUGAACUAACGAUAUGGUUUUAUAUAAACUCGAUUAUUGCCAGUGCAGACGUGUUGUUGAUCUAAUUAGAUCUACAUAUUUGAGGUAAACAUUGCGAUGUGUUAAUUCCUAAAUUUCCUAAACUUGACCUUUUUUGUUUUUUUUAAAGGUCAUCUAAACUGUGUGUGUGAGAUGUGUGUAUUAUGCCAUUCAUAAUAGUUUUAGUGUGAUUAUAACUAUAAAUACAUGUACGUGUAAAUCUUAACUUCUUAAUGACUAAACAAUGCUGUUGUAUAGAUGUUAUUGUUUAGAGAGUAAUAUUCUGUUUCGUAUGCCAACUGUCCACCACUGUCAUUUUUGUUGCCAACAUCAUCAUCAUCAUCAUCAUCACCAUCAUCAUCAUCAUUGUUGUGAUUAGCUGCCAGCUUUUUUAUGGUUUUUACUUGAUCAAUGCCUGGGGGAUAUGUGUAGCCUGCAUAGCUGGUGGUAUUAUGUAGUAGUCGAGUGAGAUUUGGCGGCGGAGCCGUUGAGUGAGAUUUGACUGCGGAGCCGUCACGAGCGGCGAAGUCGCGAGAAAUACCGCCUGCCAGAGAACCAUGAUUUUUCGAAAGCCGCCCACUUUUGUCACCUUAGCUAAUGGCAUAUUUUAAAAAUCAGCCAGUCAAAGAGAAACCUGCAAUUUGAAACUUCCGAUUAUUUUCGCGCGAGACAGUUUAGAAAUAAGCGUUGACAGACUAAGCACGACUCCUAAGCUCGUGAUAAUGUGAAACGUGACAUUGUGUGUUUGCUUGAACAGAGGGUUUUUUUAUUUUCUCGGCUCUCGCGCGAAGGUUACUAGCACUACACAGUGCAUGUAUCAUUCUAAACUUUGACUGAGUAAAUCUUUUUCAGCAACACCAGGCUUAACAUUAAAAGGUCAUGAAGCUGGUUUGUUACAUGCAUACUGAGUGACCAUUUCCGGUGGUUUAUUCUUCUGUAGGUGUUCCUGAUAGGACUUGAUCUCAGAUGCAGUUGUAUAGCAUUUUAAUUUUCUUUGACCUUUGUUUCUUACGGCUAAAUAAAGACAAUUCCAGCGCUGUGAAGUUUAAAGACGCCAUUAUUAUGCUCUUUUUAAAGCGGAAAUCACAAUCACUUUACAUGUACGUCUUUUUCAGUUUGCCAUCUGCUCCCUAAAUUGGGAAAUAUAUGCGAAGGCUCAUCUAACAUGAUUGACAUAUGUAUGGCCCUCGACCAAUCCAUUUCCCCGCACACUGGUGUGCGGACUAUUCAAAAUACCGGGGUUUUCUGGCAGGCGGUAUUUCAACCGCCUCGUCCCUACUCCCUUUUUUUGGAACACGGCUCCACCGCCAAAACUUUAAUCUCGCACCCACACAAUACCGCCAGCUAUGCAGGCUAGGAUACGUGCUCAGUUUAUCUUGUUGACUGAGCAGGGAGGGUGUCAACUUAUGCUAUUUGUGUAGAAGGGUUGAAGUUUCCAGUAUCGUCCUAAGAUACAUGUACAAAUAGGCCCUCUUAGGGGUGUUACAUAUGAAUUUCAAAACCUGAUGUUUUGCAUAUUAUAAUAAAUGAUAACUUAUGAUUUAGAGGAAAGCCAUGUCACUGUUGAUGUUUCACUGUGGUAUUUGUGCUUUUCUAUGUCGCUGUCGCAUCUUUAACCCAUCUUUGUGUCAUUUGUCGCUAUUUCUUCUGUGCUAUGUCGCUGUUUCAAGGCCAUGUCACUUGUCAGUAUUAUUUGCCCUAACAGGCUUUGUACAACCUCAGCCAAAACCUGUUGGAAUUAUCUUCCAUACAAACCAUCACUAAUUCCGCCUUCCAUGUUGUUCUGGAUACACUCCACCUUGGGUUUUAGACCUAAAAAUAGAAGUAUGAAAUGUGGCUUCUGAAUUCUUGCAAAAUAAAGUACAGAUAUAAGCACAAAAAAACAAGUUACUUACAUAAAAAUCCUACCUUUGGAAUGUUGUGUACAUGUCUUUAGCAUUGUACACUUGUUAACACAGACUUGCAAGCAUUUUGAUCAUGCUGAAGAUGAUUUUUAUUCACCUACUGUAUACCUAUCUGUUUUUUAAAGGGAUGAUGGCAGUGGGGCUGGAGUAGAUGCACUAGAUGAUGAUGGCCAACAACCAAAGAAGAAAGUAAAGUAAGUUCUUGAGCAGAUAACUACUUUUUGUGCCUGGAAUAGAAGACCCUUCCAUGGUUUUUUCAACUCUUGACUGGGACCAGUUAAGCAAAAAUCCAUUAAUACAACUAGACACCUGGCUUCUGGUAAAUUGAGGAAAAAAAGUCAAAUUUCACGGAAUUUUUAGGAACAAAAUCAUGGAAAAAUGGGCCGAUUUCGCGGGAAUUUUUGGGGCAAACUUGGCCAAAGAGCAACUGGUAAAAAAACGACGGAUUUUGUGGUUAUUUUCGGGGCAACUUUCACUAGAAAUCGAUCGGUUUUGCACUGAUCAGACCAGGGUUUUUAAUGUUUUUCUGACAGAGGUCAUCAUUUGCUCUUUCAACUACCAUACGCUCCAGAAAUGAACCAAUGGCAAAGCCUUUAACAUCAUGGCUAGUGCCCAGUUUUUCACAACAUAAUCUAAGCCUGGUAGUUUCAGGACGUUGUUCGCACAUUACAGUGACAAAGUUUCAAGAUAAAUUUACAAGUUUACGGCAAGUAAAUAGCUGAGACAAUUUUCAAAAAUAUGGUACAGACAUGUAUUUGAUAAGAUUUCUAGCGAAUUUUGCGGUAUUUUGCGUGUUUUUGUGAAUUUCGUGGAUUUACCUGAAUUUUGCGGCUCCGCGACCCCGCGAAAUGUCAGAAGGCCUGACUAGAAAAAACACCUUAAAAUCAGUAAAGUUGACAAGUUUGAAAGUGUUUUGUCGAAAACUAAAUGAAGGUAUAGCUCCACAAAGUUGUGAAAUUUACAGACUUUUGUAUUUUGAGGGGCAAAUUCGUGCAGAAAGAAGCCAGUUGAGUGUCAAUGGAUAUUCCCUUACUAGUCCCAGUCAAAAGUUAAAAAGAAUGUGGAAGAAUCUAUUAUUACAGGCACAAGGGUCUAUUUCCUAAGUGACCUCAUAAAAUGCUACACAGUACAUUGCAUACUAUGCAUUACAUUCUACUGUAGAAUUCCGAAAGUAAUGGUUCCUGCUAAUGUAAGGGCUACCUGAACAUAACAUCUACUUUUUACCUUCCUAUUGAAUUCUGAAAGUAACGGCUUACUCAAAAGUAGCGGUCCUUGGAAUCUAAUGUAAUGUUUAAAGCAUUAUUUUUAAUCUACAUAAAAAGCUAUUUUAAAGAGUGUUAAACUUAAUAUAUGCGGCAGCAGGAACCAAAAACAUGUCUGUUUUUUCCAUUUUUAGUCAAUGUCAACUAUCAGCCUAUAUACUCACAACGCUAUACAGUGUACAGCUUUUCCUCAGCCAUAACAAUUAAAGAGCACAUCUCCCUACUGCAAAAGAUAGGUUUCAUGCGGGUUUCCGUGCAUGUCAGCUACAUGUACUUAUUACCUGUAUGUAUCCGUGUGUGACUCACAUUUAUCCGUAUGUUAUUCAAGUAUUCUUACAUUACCUGUAUGUUACCCGUAUGUUACCCAAAUGUGCCUGUGUGGUGUUUUAGUGAAGAUCACUCCGGACCUUAUACAGUGUAGCCUGAAUUUCAGCCAUCUCUUUAAGUUCCAAACUCCCCAGGGAGGUCUGAAUUAACCAUUCGCCAAUGUUAUCUCCUCUUGACAUCACUACUAGACAACUUGACUUCAGCUUUACUUGAUUGUCAAAACAUUUGCAUAAUAAAAUAUUUUGUGUAGUUAUGAGUAAUUUUUGAUUGAAGUGUCAUUUGAUACUACUUUAAGUGUCCACAUGCUUGCGUGGAGUUUGAAAUUUCGACAAUCUUUAUUGUAACAGGGAAAUAAAAGUAUCCAGGGGACGCGAAAUAAAUUUUGGGGGGGGUCACCCAGAUUUAAUCACCAUUUAGGGAAUGCGUUAGUACUUAAAACAAGACUGAUCACAAAAGUUUAAGUGUACAGUAAUCACAAUAUUUUUAUGAUGACAGCUACAGUUGUAUCACAAAAUGAACUAUCUUACUGUUCACUUAUGUACAGUCCGGAAUAUCCCAAAUUUAAGGACAGGGCCAACUGGUCACGCGACACUUUUCAACCAAUGAGAGGGCGUGCUUGUGUUUAUCAACAAACAAAUCAAAACAUCGCCUCAGUGAUCAAAAAUUUUCAAAACAACGGACAGAGUCGGACAGAAUCAGUCAUCGUUUCGAGAUUCUCAGGCAUAUUUUAAAGACUUUUCAUGAGGCAUACACAAUUUUUUUAAGUGGACAGUGUAUCGAAAGCCAUAUUGGAAGUGUCUCGUGAAAUAUUCAGCACAUUUUGUGGCUUAUUUCUUCUUUUAUCCUUUAAACAACGCAAUGUAUAGGCAAGAUUUUGGUUGGUUUUCAAGGUAGGUGAACAAGUGUCUAUUAUUUUUUCGAAUCACAGAUUUUUUAUGAAGUUCUAGAUAUUUUUCCUCGAUUGUCAUAUCGAUUAGCUUUUAUCAUGUUGAAUGUGGGGAUGGUAGACAACCUAGAAUUUUGGUAGACAAUUUUUGAAUUCCGAGGUCCAAAACACGUACGUUUUCCACUCCCGGGUUUCUCACAGAGCCGUGUUAUUACUUUUUUUCGCAUUAGUACGAGCCUUUGCCUUUUUUCUCUUCAAGGCCAAAACAACUUUAUUAGUCUUGUGGAUAUUCACAUCCAACAUUUCGCCUCACUUUGCCGAAUUUGCAGGGAUGAAAUUGAAUAUCAUAAGGGCAACGUAGAUACUAACUGCUAAAUUGUUUCUGAAAUUUACUAAUAUGGAAAGAUUUAAUGUUGUUGGAUUCUCCAAAUGUUCAUCCACCGUUAAAAAAACAAUCAAAGAAACAAGGCAAAUCUCAGUUGUAAGUGAUGUAUUUCGCUACUCAUUGAACAUGCAUUGAUUAUGUGGGAUAAAAUUAAAACAUUGCAGGUACUACAGCAAGCAAAGAAAGCACCAGAUGCGUAAAGUCAACAUGAAACAACACAAAACACAAACAAGAAAAAUUAAUAAAUUUGAACUACUUUCUAUUCUUGUUAUGAUGACUGGUUCUUUAAUUCUUGUCCUGUAGAAGUUAAUAGGUAGUACCAAUCCUGUUUUGUACGAUCUCAACAAAUUUUCACGCUCUCUCUACUAGUUUGCUUCCAUCAAAAAUCUUGCAAGCCAUGCCAGUGAAGCCAUGACCUAUGCGAUCAGUCCGGAAUCAGUUAGAACACCCCAAUGAUUCGUUCCUCGCAAUGAUUAAUGCUCUUAUUCUGUUACAUGAAAUGUUUUCUUUGAAAUAUUAAAUGUGAAACCUAGACGAGUACUGUAAGCUCAUCUUUAAUAUUCUGUCCGACUCCGUCCGUUGUUUUAAAAUUUUUUAUCACUGGGGCGAUGUUUUGAUUUGUUUGUUGAUAAACACAAGCACACCCUCUCAUUGGUUGAAAAGUGUCGCGUGACCAGUUGGCCCUGUCCUUAAAUUUAGGGAUAUUCCGGACUGCUGUACAGCUGUACUGCACUUGUGGAAAUUCAUCACGCAAUAUGGCAGCAGAUUGCAAGGCAGAAUUAAAAAAUGAUUUUCUUUGUUGGACAAUAACAAACCGUAGUCUUUCACCUCUAUUCGGGGGACACUUCUAUUCAAGAGAAACUUACUUUGGUCGCGAGGUUGUCCCCUGAAUAGGGAUUUCUCUGACUUGAAUCAAAUUAGUAGCAAAUCUUGUGCGUGCCACAGAGCACCAUGGGUUUUACAAUUUGGUUAUCUAUGCAUCCAAGAAAUUUAAGGGUUGUGACAAUAUCAUCUGUCUGCGUGCACACUGUUUGUCCUUACAUCCCCCUUUACACGGGCUUCUGAUAUUUCACGGAAAAAAAAGCAAAAUUUCGCAGGAUUUUUAGGGGCAAAUUUGCAGAAAAAUCGGCCAAUUUCACAGGAUUUUCGCGGGAGAAAAGUCAAAAUUCGCCGGAAUAUCAUUCGAUUUCGCGGGAUUUUAGCGGAAAAAAGUCAAAUUUCGAAGGAUUUUCAGGGGCAAAUUCUUAGAAAAAUCGGCCGAUUUCACGGGAAAUUUCGGAUGGAAACUUCGCCAGGAAACAAUCAGUAAAAAACAGCCGAUUUCGCUGGAUUUUUUUUUGGCAAAUUUCGCUAAAAUCGAUCAAUUCUGCGUCGAUAUGACCAGCGUUGUUUAACGUUGUUUUUUUAACAGGGAUAAUCAUUUGCUCUUUCAACAACAGUUUGCUCGAGAAAUGAGCGAAUGCUAAAGCUAUUAACAUUAUGGUUAGUGCCCAGUUUUUCGCAACAUUAAUCUAAGACACCUGGUAGUUUUGGGACGUUGUUUACUCGUUGCAGUGACGAAGUUUCAAGAUAAAUUUGGACGUUUGGGGUGAAUAAAACAGGUCUAAUGGCCAAGAUAAGUAUUAAAUAUGUUUUGCCGACAAGUAUUUGAUAUUAUUUUUUUUUUCUUUGUGACCAGUCUUUGGUUUUCAAUUAAUCACAGGCUCAUCAGGUCCAUUUUUCAGGAGGAAUUCAGUUUGCUUUUUCCUUAUGAGUAAAGUUGAAUAAAAACAAAAUCAGAAAGAUAUUAGUUUGUCAAAAAAAAAAAUCCCAAAAGAGCUUCGUUUUUGGCCUUAGCUAAUUCUACAUAUUACAUGUAUUUUGGUCAAGGAAUACUUUAUUCCCUGCAAUUUGCCACUGUAAUAGAAGUGUGUGCCAUGUAGACGUUGUUACUUAAAAUUCACCUUUUCCUUACUAACUUUAUUAUUUUUCACAGAUCUUCAAGAAAUGCUAGUGAGAAAAAACGGAGAGAUAAACUAAACAUUUACAUCAGUGAGCUAGCUGCAAUGGUUCCAUCAUGCGCAAGUGCCCAGCGUAAACUCGACAAGACCACUGUUCUGAAAAUGACAGUUAAUUACAUGAAAGUUAAUAAUGGUAUGUUUAUCUCAUUGUUAUUGUCUUUUUUUGCAUGUUGUAGUUAGCAAUGGUUAUUGAGGGCAGCACUUUUUCAGGGACUUUUGUUGGCUUAAUUUAUAGAAAACUUUUCAUUUUUAGUUAUAGCAUUAAGGUGCAAUAUCUUUUUAGCGGAGCUCUGACGCGCGAAGUGCGCCUGCGAAGCACCAUGGGUAAGUAAAUCUACCCAUCCCAGGAAGUUUGGUAAUCACAUGACAGUACACCGCCCACCCGCCCGUCUGUCCGCACCACAGGAAAACCAAUGUUCAAUCUCACACUUUCUAGCUUGUCUGGGAGCACAGGAAGACUGAUAUUGCACACAUUGCACAUCAAUGUUGUGAUCAAUUGACAGCUGUUAGAACAGGGUAUCCGCUGACCAGUAUCACCUGACCGUUUCGCGGGCUUAGUUGUUGACCCUUCGAGGUCAAGUAUCUUGUUGAAGUUAGCCACUGACAAGUUACUAGUUUUCAAAUGAUCGCAGGCUCAAAUUUAUUUUUUUUAAUUCAUAUGAAACAUGUUGUGUUUUAUAUGUGCCACACGAUUAAAAUUUUGAUUUCAAACUGACCUCAGAAGCUAAAAUUCAGCCAGUUUUUACAGGCAGGGAAGACAUGCCAGUUGCUUUUGACGUUUCUCACCAAGGUCACGCAAGGUCACACUGAAAAAAGGAAGGAGGCUUAAAACAUAAACAAGGAUUUUCAGAGACACUUUAAUACUUGUCUUCGUGAAUGAAAAUUGUUGUCUCUGUAUAUGUUUCACCAAAUUAUUUUCCUUUUAUUAAUUGUUAGCAGUCUCUUUCGCAAUUUUAAUCGCUGUGCUGUUUGUUUUCAGUCGCUAUGAACGUCGCUUGCAGGAGUAGUCAAAAUGCCGAGCAUAUCAAAUGCUUUUGAAGAUUACACAUCGUUAUAAAGCCGUUAUGUUGAGGAGUAAAACUCUAUUAAUCUUAAUUUAAACAGUCGACUUUGGUGCUUGUCAAAAGUGAGAACCGGCUCGCCGUAUAAGUGAUUUUGGAAAUUUAUUUAACGGUUUCGCUGAAGAAUGCUUCGAUCAUCCUGAAUAUUGAAGGAAUGCAAUUUGUAUUGCAAAAUAGUGAAAUACUGCAUUCUGUCCGAGGUCUGUAUGACAAAAACAGUGUCUCAUGGUACUAUUUCACCUCAGAUGUGAUGUAUAAAAAGUAUAUAAGGUUGGUUUACACGUUCUCAGACUUGUUGGCAAGAUUUUGUAAAGUAAACUUGUCGAACGCAAAAACUUCGGCCUGAUUUGUUUUCCAAGAAUUUGUUUUCCAGGCCUAAUGUACUGUUAUCAAGAACCAUUAUGGCUAUGCUAUUUUUAGGUGCACAUAUAAAGCUAUUAACUUGAUGUAAGAUUAAGUUCAUUCUUAGCUGGGACUGUUAGCAAAUUAUUUUUCUCUAAAAUCACUUAACCUUUCCCUCAAAAGUCACAUGAAUGUGCUCUAAAGUUAACUGCCUUGUGGAAUACAAGUUUACAAUUGUUUGAUUUAAAUUAUAAGUUUGAGUUAAUAGGAGCUUCGCUUUUAGCCCUGGCUAAAUCUAUAUAUUAUUUUUCUUCAAGUUUUCAAAAAUGAUAAGAGUGGCUCAAGUCUUCUUCAAUUCAGUCAAGACAAACAUUAUUAAGUGGGUCACAUUGUCUUUUGGAGGAUGUGGUGCUUUAUUUAUUUCAACCCAUGUCACUUUUUUGUAUCUUUAAUAUCAUUUGAAAGGGAAAAAGAAUUGGUGUUAGAAUUUAUUUUAGAAAUAUUCACUUUUCCAACCAAAUAUUGUGAUUUACUGUUUGUAAAUCUGCAGGCCUGUUUCUAUUAAUCUUAAUAGCUGUCACAGUGAGCCCUCGCUUGUGGAUAUUUAAUUUCAUCCCUUCCUGUUAGUACUAGCUAGUACUGAGAACAAAUACAAUACCCUGUAUAAAUUAAUGUUUUGUGUUGAUUAUUAACUGAAUAAUUUGUACCGUUUUAAAACAGACUUGACUUUCUCCUUUCUUGGCAAUGAAACUGGGCUGAUGUCAUCCUUUUUAUGUGGUGAAGAACUUGGUGAACUUCUUGAUAAGGUGAGUGUACUGCAAUAUUAUUUUGACCUGUAUACAUCGUCCUUGUGUUUGUGUUAAUAAGAAUUUGCAGCAUGCUAAAAUAAAUUGCAGGAUUGGACUCUGCAGACAGAUUUGGUGGCAAGGUCUAAGAGGCAUGUACUGUAAUUCUUGCUUUGAGUUAUGUGUCAUUCUUUCAUAAUUUUCUGCCCCUUGCAGGCUAUGAAUGGCUUUCUGAUUGUCUUGUCCUCUAGUGGAGAGUUUGUGUUUAUUUCCAACAGCAUUGAAGAUCUCCUUGGCUUGAAAAAGGUAUGUACAUGGUAUUUAUUAUUAAUAAUUCAGUGUGCACACAUUGAUGUUGACUCAGCUGUAGAAUGAAUAGCUGUGGUGAGGCAUGAAGAUACACAAGUUUGAGUUUAUUCUACAAGUGUACCCAGGAAGUGUACAGUGUACAGCUGUUUUUUUGCCAUUAACAAACUAGAUGUUUAAAAGUGGCUCAGCCCAGGUUUUCAGUAAUCAUACAUACUCUCUUCAAACAAGAAAUUCAAAGAUGUCUCAAACAAAGUACAAAGAAUUGCACCAUUUGUGGAGUAUAUAUUAGAGUUUCCAAAAAAGUCAGUGAGUUCUACAUACAGCUAUAUCUAUGGCAAUAAUUAUCAUUUGAAAUUGCACACUUUCUUCAAUUAACUCUAAUUCAAAAGAAGCUGUUUGGUCCUCAACAAAGGAUGUAUUUAAGUAAGUAACCAGUCUCUCUUGCCAGGUCUUGAUAUUUCUCGUGCUUCAGUACUUUUUAUUUUCUUUCUAAACAACAUUAGUGUUGUUCAUAAACAGCAGCACUGAGUCCUAUUCAGGACUACGUUCACUCAGACGAUCAAACUCAGCCUACUUAUGAUUAGUGUUAUUAUCAUUAUCUUCAUCAUUAUUAUUAUUAUUAUUAUUAUUAUUAUGUUUUUUUGUCUUUAUGAUUAUCAUUUUUAUCAGUAUUAUUAUUAUUAUUAUUAUCAUUAUAUUAUUAUUAUUAUUAUUAUUAUUAUUGUUAUAAUUAUUAUUAUUAUUACAUGGUUCAUAAAUCUUUAAAAGGUCUUGAAUUUUAGUAGUCAUCUUGAAAUCUUGAUUUCUUUAUGAGGUCUUGAGAAGUCCUUGAAAUUCAGUACUUGUUCAUGCCACAACAGUUUCUGUGAAGUUAGAUUAUUUCACCGAGUAAAAAAUUUUGGCUCAUUCUUGGUGUAAUGACCUGUAAAACUCUUGGGUAACGUAAAAACAUUUUUGUGCAUAAACAAUGUUUUAUUUCUUUUCCAUUAUUUCAAAUACUAUUUCUGUAACCUCAGAUACAACUGCAAGUUAUACCCAGUGACUGGUGCCAUUUUGCGAAGUGUUGAUAUGGAAAGUAGCAUAAGAAAAUGUGAUCAGCCAUGGCUGAACAUGUAAAAAUCGUAUAUCUCCAUCAAGUGUUUUAGCUAAUAAGGUGUUCAAAAGGGGGUUAAAGAAUGCUGAUUUAUUGAACAAUUCUUAGUCCCUGAAAACCUGUAAUGUUUGUCCUUGAAAAGUCCUUGAAAUUUGUUUGUCUGACGUGGAACAAAUCAUGUAUUAUUAUUAUUAUCAUAAUUGUUAUUAUUAUUGUUAUUAUUAUUAUUAUUAUUACUAUUGUUGUUGUUGUUGUUGUUGUUGUUGUGUUGACGAUGAUGGUGAUGAUGAUGAUUAUUAUUAUUAUUGUUUAUAAAAUAACUAAGAUAGUACGCGCGCUCUGACUGGCUGAGAGGAGUGUUUGCAUGAGAGUAUGUAAACAUGGUUGUGACUUGAGAUGUUUUGCUUUUCACGCGCUAAUCGCGCAAGCAAGAAUUUGAAAAGUUUUAGUGAUAAAAACUGGUUAAGUUUACUUUAUUUACCCAUUCCUUCGCGAACUGAAACUUGGAAAAUCUUUACAAACAAGCUGUGUCAACUUUUUUCGCUUAAACUGACAUUUUAAGCGACAAAAAUCCGUAUUUUGGAGAGCAUCUUUUUGCAAAACAAGAACUGAUUACGCAUGCAAGACUUCGUGUACAAGACUUUGCGACCGGUAAGAAUUUCUCUUUUAAUCAGUGCCAUAACAAAGAGUUUUGCGUUUUUUCUCAGGAAAGUUAUUUUAUAAAAGCAAUAGAAAACUUUUUUCCGGUGUUUGCAUAGCCUGAUAAAAACACUCGAAGGGCUGGGAGAAUUCGAGACAGUUAUGCAAGUUAUGCAGUUAUUGUAUAACUGUAUCGAAUUCUCCCAGCCCCUCUCGUGUUUAUAUCAGGCUAUGCAAACACCGGAAAAAAGUUUUCUAUUGCUUUUAUAAAAUAACUUUUUCUAUUGCUAAAAAAUUGUAAGUAUUAUUAUUCUAAUUAUAAUCAAACAGGAAGACCUAAUUGGUAAGAAGAUCUUUAACGUAGUCCACCCGGAUGACAGGGAGAGGAUAAUGAGGGAGUUUGUUACAGGAGGCAAAAGUUAUUUAACUUCACCAACGGACGAGAUGGGUACGUGUAUUGUCCUAAGCGCUUGUUUAAACUGAACUUUACCCAUUAGAAACCAUAGUUUUAGACAGGAUUUAGCCAGGUUUGACUGUUCUCAUGCCGAGGGCAAAUAUGAUCCCUCUAUCGGAGUAAACAAUCAUGGACACCCGUCCUGAGUAGCCUGAGAAAAAAGCCCACGACAUUUUACGAUGCCACCAACAACGAUUUUCCCUGCGAAAUGACGUCUGAAGAAUGAGCCCAGAAAUUCCAUUCUGAUGACGUGUCGCUACCCAGAUCUGGGUGCUACUUCUGAUUGGUUGAAGCAAAUAUUAAAAAAAAAACAAUGGACCUUUUUACCGAUACAGCGGCUAUAUUGAAUUAAUUCUAUUUAAGGAGUAUUAUGGGAUGUCCAGGGGACAUGAGCACGAUCCGUUUUACUCGCUUUAUAUUAGAAAUAUGGUCUUUCACUGUAUACAUCUUAUUUCACGGGAAAAAGGCGAUCAUCAUUACAUCCAAACACUGCACAACGUUCUUUUUUGCCAUUACAAUAUUAUCCUAGAAAAACGUGAGGAAAAAAUGCCCUGAAAGGCGCGCCUUAAUACUAAGCGAAUAUAUCCGAAUGUGCUCAUGCCCCCUGGGUAUCCCAUAAUACUCCUUAAAUCUAACUAAUUCAAUGUGGCCGCCAUAUCGGUAAAAAGGUCUAUUGAAAAAAGAAAAGAUAAAAGAAAAGCAUACAGUAACUUACAGCUGUAAAAUCAUUUUAAGUAGGAAAUGGCCCCCAAAGAUGUUUCGACGCCAGCUUUAAUUAGUACAAGUGUAAGUUAUUAUCAGGUCAAAACAUUUCAAUAAAUAUAUAGAAAAAUACUCAAAGAACAUUUAACCCACAGGGAAUACCAGCUUAGCUUGCCCCAUACCCGCGAAGAGCUUAGCCCGUAUCAUCUCUUCAAAGCAUCCAUCACGGGUUACAUUAGACUUCCGCAUGUUUGUGCAUGGGAAAGAUGGCGAACCUGCUGGGGAUGAAAACAUUCAUUGUGUUGGCUUUUUUGACCACUGGAUGAAAAAGGUGUCCGACCACGGCAAGAGAAAAGGUGAGCUAUAACACUUUUGGCCCUCGGGGCUCAAAAUAACGGUUGGUCAACGGACAUUGUCUGGCCAAGAUGAAGAUUAUUUCAGCCUGUUUGUAUACAGAGCUUGGAAGGGACUGGUGGAGAGCAAGGUCAUUUAUUACGUUCUUGUAUUACACGGGUCAUGCAUACUGCAUGGAUCACAAGUGGUGGUCGCGCAUGUAGUUUCGACCAUUAACGUCAUGUCGUCCAAUUCAGUGUGUAAUCAUAGUCACGAUUAAACAAAUAAGACACCUGCUUGUUUUAUCACAUGCAUGAUCACAAACCGAAUUGGUGCCCUCUCGGUUACAUUAUCAUUACUUACUUAUUAAGGUGAUUAUUGUUGGCAGGUACGCAAGGCGCGAAACAGGGUACCCAGGCGAUUACACCCGCUGGGGAUUCGGUGGAAUCUCUCUACAUGGUUGGGGUAGCGGUGAUAGCUCGCCCCAGUUUCUCCAGAGCGGUAGAGUGUGAGGCUGGGGAAGAUGAGUUUGUAUCACGGCACAGUCUUGAUGGAAAAUUCCUGUUUAUUGAUCCCAAGUAAGUUUGAAAGAAGAAAUUUCUCCCGUGGUCUUCAUGGUUGAAAAUGUCAGCAGUUAUCUGCCAGAUAAGAAAUAUAAGUUUAGUCCCCCCUUAACUCCCUUGCUCUGCAAUGUCUUAACGGAAGGCAAAGCCCAAACUCUCGGCCUAUCUAAAGCCACGAUUAUUAUGACUGUUUUGUUUAUUGAAGGGCGCCCCCCGAAAUAACAGUGCAGUUUGUUUGCUGCCAAGUUUCCAAAAAAACAAAUAUUAUACAGCAACACUUUUCAAUUACUUAAACUCUAAAAGACCACAGAAAUGACGUCGACAUGUUCAAAACAUUUGCUAUGAAACCUUUCUACUGCGGCUCUGUUUGCACUUGUUUUGAUCAUUUAACGCCAUUUCUAUGGUCAUUCAGAGUAUGGAAAUGUUAAAUUGGUUUCUUUUUAUUAACUACCCUUAUCCCAGACUGACUGACUGCUUUGUCGUCUUUGAUCUUGCUGACCUUUUGGACAGAGAGCGGAUGUGUUAGUGCAGCCCUUUUCGAAAGCAAUGAGGUCGAUUUCCGUCUUUUCAAGGGGAAUCCCCAUAAUUAUUGUACUCAGUUAAUUUAGGGCCUGUUUACAUGGAGGUGGGGGAUCCCAGGUAGGUGAGGUAACCCGCCUGUCCGUAUAAUCUCUCGUUUAAUUUGAUCACAUGUACAUAAUAGGUGGGGUGACCCGCCACAUGUUACCUCACCUAUCUGGGCUCCCCCACUUCUAUGUAAACAGGCCCUUAAACGUCUGCCCGAGGGCGUAAAUGUGGUUGUUAUUUCGCCCCCUGUAACUUUAUCCAAGACAGUCUUUGGUUCUGAAUUCCACAACAUGGAUUCCGGAUUGCAGAUACUGGAUUUCGGAUUCUUGUAUAGUAUCUUUCAGCGGAAUUUAGAUUCCACGUUUAAUUGUUAGCGAGAUUCCAGAUUCCGCAAACAAAAUUUUCCGGAUUUCGGAUUACCUUACAUGGGCUUAGGGCUAGUUAUUGUUGUGCAAGGUUGCAUCCUUGUCGACUUGAUUCUACAGCUGCACAGCUACAUCCUAUGCUUUCUUUACUGAGAGUGCAUUUUUUUUCCCCCUCUUUAGGUCGAUAUCAAUCACAGGAUACCUUCCUUUUGAAGUUCUUGGUGCCUCGGUUUAUAAUUACGUUCACCAUGAUGACAUGGCAGUUUAUUCCAAAGCUCACGAAUUACGUAAGUUGAACUUUAUACAGUAUACUCUCACCGCACUGAAUUGAGGGGAAAGGCAGGGCGAUCCCUCCCUCCAUACUUACCCCUCAUGGGACCGCGGAUAUAGCUUAUUUCCGCGGAUAAGCGCCCACCUCCUAGGUCAAAAUAUCACACGAGCCCUGCCCCCCUCUCGUACAAGCUCCCCCUCCCCUUACCUUAUACUUUGUUAAAUAUUAGGGAUACAAGGAAAACCUGUUUCUGUUGCCACUCUUUUUAUAACUUUUUAAACUUCAACUACAACAUUUAUAGCGAUACAGCUCUCCCCCGAAUAAGCGCCCACCUCCCGGAGGUCAAAAUAUCGCGCAAGCCCCCCCCCCCCCCCCCCCCCCCCCCCCCCCCCCCCCCCCCCCCCCCCCCACCGGCACGCCAGGCACACCACCCCCUCUUCCCUCUCCUUUUUUUAUUUUUAUUCCUAUUAUUAACACUCUCUUCCUUUUUUAUUAAUACUACUCUCCAUCUGUUCCACAACACAACCUCUCCAAAUAAAAAAAACAAAUAAAAACACAACCAAACACUACAUACCCCCCCCCCUUACCUUAUUCCUUUUUAAAAAUUAGGGAUCCAAGGAAAACCUGUUUCUGUUGCCCCUCUUUUUAUAACUUUUUAAACUUCAACUACAACAUUUAUAGCGAUACCGCCCUCCCCCCAAAAAGCCCCCCCCCCCCCGGGGUCAAAAUAUCGCGCAAGCCCCCCCCCCCCCCCUCUUGUAUAAGCGCCCCCUCCCCCGUUAAAUGGGAGGGAUACAAGGAAAACCUGCUUCUCUUUCCACUUUAUUUAUAACUUUUUAAACCGAUACAGUUCCGUGUCAAGUUUAUAUUAAGACUACGGCACGGUUGAUUACCAACCCCUGUUUUAUCAAACGAAAGAUAUCAAUACACCAUAUUGACAUCACGUUUAUACGUGGAUUAUGUUGUAGUUUUUGUUUUUGUUAAGAUUUAUCAAAAAUGAAGUUGCACUAGUUCGGGGAAAGGAAAACUUAGUAAGUAACCUUGUCGAUUAAGUGCCCUCGCUCCAAUACUCACACUCCCCUCCUUUUAGAAGAAACUUUUAAAGAAGAGCCGGUGCGCUUAUUCCAGGAAAUACGGCACGUAAUUCUCUCUCCCUCUUCUCUAAAUUUUCUGGAGAGCCCUGCCAUACCAUUGUCCCGAUCGUCCGAAUUCACUUCGAGACGACUCGGGCGAUGGACACAAUCCAGUCGACACCAUGGAGACCAGGCUUGACGCGCGCUACUCACGGCUGUUCACUUUGCAGUUAUGGAGUACGGAGAAAGUAAAACAGAUUGUUACCGCAUGAUGAUUAAGAGUGGACAGUAUCUCUGGGCCAAGACUAGAAGUUAUAUUUCCUUCAAUCACUGGAACUCCAAACCUGAGAUCUAUUGUAGUACUACUAAAAUCAUCAGGUUUGUGGUAGUUGUAACCCCAGGUUUCUAACAGUCCCAAAUUUUCGGUCGGAAUCGAGCACCUACCUUUCUGGUGCUCAUCGUAGUUUCAAAUGUACGAGUCUUGCUUGGGGAUGAGUAUCAAAUCUACUUAUGGUACCGGGACGGUUUAGGAGGAGGCUAUAAACCCUACGCCCGCCCCCUUGUUGCAUUUGAAACCAAGAUGGCCGCCCGUAACAGUAAGCCUGACGGUCUUACGGAAAAUAGAGUAUUGUGAACAGUCGAUUGCAACCCUUGAGCCCUCUAUACAUGGAAGUACCGUCAAUCCUCUAUUAAGCCAGCCCUUUUCAGGUGAAGAAAGUAAUACAGAGCUAUAAGAGAGGUAACUCGGGUAACCAUGCGCCGGUAUAAUGUAAACGUUCUCUUACUCAGUCUACAUUUUGUCGCCAGUGCUGCUGAAGGUGCAAAGUCACUUAAAGAUCGAGAAGUUGCAAUUGAAAGAAUCAGUCAAGAAAAGCGUCCUUCAGUCUUUGCUCUUCGUUCAGCGCCGAUAAAGUCCCCACAAGAGGCAAACGCCAUGGUUUUAGCCAAAUGGGCAGCAGAUGAGAACAACGUCGUAGCCUCAGCGGACGAGGAAGAUUUAAUGGAGAAUCCCGCAGGGAAUCAGAGGGCCCUGAUGGCCGGUGGCACAGGUAAGCCUAAUACAGUAGACCCGAUAACUCGAACUCGGAUAACUUGAACUCUCCGAUAACUCGAACUCGAACUUUCAUGCGGCUUUCAGAUUAGGCAAUUGAAAUCCAUCAUGUAUAAGUUCUGUGUAGACACCUUAGAACAUAACUACGACCCAUUCCUUGAAAACCAUCUGUCCGUCUUGUAAUUUUUGUUUUUGUUUUUGUUUUCUUUGAAAUCGUCAUAUGUAGCUUUACUACCUUUUACAUACUUUGUAAGCUCUGGUACCACUGUAUUUGGCUUACCGCUGUUGUGGCACCCCUGCCUAAUAAGGCAUUUAUUAUUCUUUGGUUCAGUAUAUAUUUAUUUAUAAAAUAACUAAGAUAGUACGUAAAGUAUGUAAACAUGGUUGUGGCGUCAAGAUGUUUGCUUUUGGCGCGCUAAUCACGCAAGCACGAAUUUGAAAAAGUUUUCGAGUUAAAAACUCGACAAGUUUACUAUAUUUGCCCACUCCUCCGUCGGCUGAAACUUGGAAAAUCGUUACCAAGAAGGUGUGUCAAUUUUUUCCCUUAAGCUGACAGUUAAAGCUAGAAAAAUCCGUAUUUUGAAUAGCAUCCUUUUGCACAACAAGAACUGAUUACGCGUAGAAGACUUCGUGUACAAGACUUUGCGACUGGUAAGAAUUUGUCUUUUAAUCAGUGCCAUAACAAAGAGUUUUGCGUUUUUUUCGCGGGAAAGUUAUUUUAUAAAAGCAAUAGAAAACUUUUUUCCUGUGUUUGCGUAGCCUGAUAUAAACACUCGAGGUGUUGGGAGAAUUCUCGACAGUAAUUCUCCCAACCCCUCUGGUGUUUAUAUCAGGCCUGCAAACACGGAAAACGUUUUCUGAUGCUUAAAUAUAUAUAUAUAUAUAUAUGUAUUUUUUUUCUUUGUGUCAUUUAAUAGGCGAAACUAAUAAAAUUUUCACUUUAAAAUUUUCGUGAAGGUGAGAGUCUUUCGGUCCCUCCCUGUGACACGAACAGCAUCAGCGAGAUUCAAGGCAACGGCAGCGAGAGUAAUGCCAAGGAAACUAGGGACAGUGGUCAAGAAGAGUCGUUUGUACGUACACGUAUUUUUUUUUUGGUCGAUAUUAAAUGUACCUUUUUGUAUGUUGGUGUUUAUUAGACAUGCUUUGUUCCUUUUGGUUGUUAACCAAUUAAAGGAACGUUUUACAAUUUCGUAGUUAAAGCAACGUAAACGGGCUAACUGAACAAAAAUGAUGCGAGUUCAUUUUAGGAUGUGUUACUGGGCGAGUGUUAAUCAAUCUGUUUGUUUUUUGUUUUUGUUUGUUUGUUUGUUUGUUUUUUCAACAAAAUGGCGCCUAAAGUUAUUGGUGAAUUCUACUUCUUAUUCUUGACUCCUUGUAAUUUCUACUUGUACAGACUCAAUUUUCAAUAUUAGUGUGAUAUGGAAAUGUUUUUUGUCGCACAGGAACUUCCCUCCACCGUUGAAGAACUCGAAGAUUUCAGGGAGGCCCAGCGUCUUCUCCAAAAUCAGCUGCUUGAGAAGCAUACUGUCCUAAUGAAAGCCAUCUCCAAACAGAAAUCACAGCUACAGGAAAUUCAGCAGCAGAUGAUACUCAAUCUCCAAUCGCAACUUUAUGUAGACCCAGUCAAACUCCAAGAAACAUGUUCUGGAUACAUAAAACGAAAUAAAGACUUAACUGAAAAACGUGAAGAGCAGGAGCACACGCUCAAGUCGAUUACUCAUUCUCUGGAAGAGCAAAUGAGAAGCGCUGACCUCCAGUACAAGCGUCAUUAUGAGAAGCUCUUGGACCGGAGAACAGAUGAGCUGAAAGAAGUAGGCUCCAGCGUACAACCCAACACGCUGCAACGAUCAGAACUUGUCACAAACCAGGUUUUGAGCACCACUGCUGACUUCUCAGUUUUGGCAGGGAACGACAGACAACAACAGCAGCAGCAACAACAAGCUCCAACCGAUUCUCCACUGCAGUUAAUGUCAGUGGACUCUCCCUUGGACCUGCAGCAGCAAGCUCACAUCGAGGACAUUCAAGGCAACAUAUCAGGUUCAAAAAGGAGUUUACCCAAUAACCGAGAUCCAAGAGGCCAAAAAGUCAUGCUUCUUGGCUCUUGUUCGAGGCCAAUGUGGCCACAAUCAGUGGCCACAGAAACACGACCAGAGCAAAGACUGCAGCAACAGCAAUCUUCUUUGGCUGCGGCGCCGUCAAUACAACCAAGUAGAACAAACCAAGGUUCGUGUCAACCGUUUUUGCGUGUAAAUCAACGCACCGCAACUGCAACCGAGACAACGAAUGUUCUAUGCACACCAUUGCCAGCCUAUCCAGGCCCACCUCAAGACCCAUCACGUAACACUGAUAUUCAGUCGAAUCCGUCCAUCCACGGACAAGUACCAAUUCAAUCGCAAUACGCACCCGGUGCUGCAGAUGUUCCCCAGUCCCGUCAAAUGUAUGCCACUUCGCAACAAAUGAUUGGCCUUCCUCAGCAAAAUUCUGAAAUCGCCGCUCUGAAUACGGGCGUUUUUCAAACACAACCGAUUCAAAGCGCUAUGGCCCAACUAGCGACAGGCCAACUGUCACAAUCUGCAGCAGCGUCGCUUAACCUACUUGGUCAGCAACAGCAGCAGCAAAGUCCGCAAGUGAAUGCGGCUGUCGCUCAGAGCAUCACACAGCUUCUAACAGAUUCCUCACAGAACCAGCAGCUCGUGCAGGUAUUAUUAAGUGUGUUGUCCAUGCUUCAGAGUCAGCCGCAACUGGCGGUGUCAUUGUCAACACUACUUAAACAAGUCCAAGGUAAUCAACAGGAACCGCAAGUGGGAGUACCGUGCGCCGCCCCAACGCAGCCUUUGCAGCCGUCUUCGGCGCAAAUUGCAGUUGGACCGGGUGGCCAGGGACAGCUUCAGAGUGCAUCCCAACCUACUUAUGCUUACAACAGUGACAGCACUUUCCAGCGGCAGCAGCGCCAACCGUCAGUGCUCCCGAAUCAGUGGAGGACUGCACAACAGCAGCAGCCGCCGCAUCAGCAUCAACGGCAGCCUCAGCAACAGCAUUUGUUGCAACAGCAACAGCAGCAGCAGCAAGUACCCGGCUUAGUGCAGCAUUCACGACGAGGAAUGCCCCGCGUGACUUCGACCACUACAAGCUACAGCGUUGCUUUACAACGACAACAACAACAACAGCAGCAGCAACAACAACAGCAACAACAACAACGACAGCAGCAGCAACAGCAGCAGCAGCAGCAGGUGGUGGACCAACGACUCUCCAGGAAUGCCUCCUUUUCCAGUCUGACAGGAUCGCCGAUUCCAUCUUCAUCAAACUCUCCCUCUCCACUCAACUUUAUGUCCUAUGGGAGCUUGCCUUCCACAUCGAUGCGGCCUCGAAUGGGAUCUGCGCACGACUUCAACACAACGGGCAAGGGCACAAAGUCUAAGAGUGACUACUUCUCAAACUUUUCCUCGGACGAGUUAAGCUCCAUGAUGUUAACCGUGUCAAGUGGGAUGCCCACGAACAGCGGCGCUUCCAACUCCCCUGCAUCAAAAGAGGAGAAGAAACUUCAAGAGGAAGAACUUCUUUAUAACCCCCUCCUCACACAGCAACAGGAGCUGUUGCAGUUGCACCAGGUUCGUUCACUCUUCUUUUACGGUUUUUUUUUUGUUUUGUUUUUUUGUUUUGUUUUGUUUUUUUUUCAUUUGUUUCACUCCUCGUUGUUUUGUUGUUGUGGUGGCUUCGUUGGUUCUCAAUUUGUCCAAGUUUGCAGGGAUGAAUUUAAUUCAAACGUGUUAAUAGUCAGUUGUUUCACUGCUUAAGUAGGAAGAUGAAACAUUGCUUGUAAAUGCGACUAAAACUGAUCGUUCAGCCCUCCACCAAACCACUACUGUAUAACCGAGUAGUUGUUGCCUCUUGACCAUUCAGUGCCUCUGCUAAUGUGUUUGUGCUCUUAUUUUGAGAUUGUACAUGAAACCUUCAAGUUGUUCAGCAGGGCCCUGUUCCUGAAAAGGCUGAUUUGCGCUUAUUUUUGAUUAAAAUUGUGUUCCGUUUUUGCAUUUUACCCUUCUACGUAUGUAUUGCUCAUACUAACACUUAGUGUUAAUUCAUUACUGUAUCUCGAGGGAAAGGCUCAACAGUAUUUUUUAACCUCGAAUUGCAUGUUCUUCGACAAGAAAACCUUGCUCAAAAUCUUAGCUUAAUCCUGAGAUAAACUUAGCCAUCUUUUGAGGAACAGGGCCCGGACUUCAAACAAAGGCCGAAAGACUUACGUCAUUAUUACAAUCAUCAUCUUUAUUACCGUUAUUGUUAUUAUGAAUAUCAUUAUUCUCCUUUUUAGGAGCAAAGACGACAACUUCUAGUUCAGCAGCAAGAGCAAAGACUAGCGAUGUUUGAGGAGCAAAGAAAGAGAGAAGUUGUAGCUGCGACGGGGCAACAACAACAACAUACGGCAGCCUCUAGGGAACCUGCGCCUUCCUACAGUACGGACGGAGGACUGCGGGCUAUGCUGUCCCAGAGUGCAACGCAAGGAUCUUCCCGACAGCCAGGUAACCUUCGCUAAGACUUCUUUGACUGUUACUAUAGGGGAAGGGAAAAAAUUGGCCAAUAACUGACUGGCGUUCCCCAGUAACGACUCCAGAAACAAUUGCUGCACUCAUUUCGGGUCCAGUUUCCUUCUCGUCUCUAAAUUGGUGCAUUCAUCCGUAAGCAGUUCAUAUGUUAUCUCUUUUAUUAGGUGAUCAAGACACAGGCGCCUCGUUUUCAGGUUGGUCUGAAACCAAUUACCCGUUGGGCGAAGCAGAAGAACAGGUGCUAAACCUUCUGUUAGCCGAGUCAACCUCAUUCGAUCCCUUACUUGACAAUAUAGAAUGGGGAGACGACGCCUAUAGCAGCGAAGUGAACCUAAAUCCUGAUUAA